GAAAGCAAAGGAAGUAGAAUUAGGGUUUUGUGGGAGGAGAAGUAAGCGUUGCAGUUGAGUGAAGAACUCUAGCAAUGGCGCCGAAGCAGAGAGCAGCAAGGAAGGUCGGCAGGAACCCUGAACUGGUGCGGGGGAUCGGGAAGUACUCUCGGUCUCAGAUGUACCACAAGAGGGGUUUGUGGGCCAUAAAGGCUAAGAAUGGUGGCAAGUUCCCCGUCCAUGAACCCAAGCCUAAGCCCCAGGCCCUCGCUCAAAAGCCUCCUAGGCUAGCAUUACUCCUGGGACAGUGCUGAUUCUUCUUGCUGGAAGAUUCAAGGGGAAGAGAGUUGUGUUCCUCAAGCAGCUUCCUUCUGGGCUGCUUCUUGUGUCUGGACCCUUCAAGAUUAAUGGAGUUCCGUUGAGACGUGUGAAUCAGUCGUAUGUUAUUGCCACAUCAACCAAAGUAGAUGUGUCUGCUUGUAACGUGGAGAAAUUCGAUGACAAAUACUUUUCAAAGGAAGUCCAGAAAAAGAAAAAGAAGGGAGAAGGCGAGUUCUUUGAGUCCGCGAAAGAGGAGAAGAAGACCCUCCCUCAAGACAAGAAGGAUGACCAGAAGACUGUUGAUUCUGCUUUGAUAAAAGCCAUAGAGAGUGUUCCAGACUUGAAGUUUUACCUUGGUGCUAGGUUUUCUUUGAAGCAAGGCCAGAAGCCUCAUGAAUUAGUCUUCUAGAGGAAGGCAGAGUCUUAGAAUUUCUUUUUGAUAUUCUGUUUUGUGUUAAGACUUGGAUCUAAUUGUUGUCUUUUGAUAAUAGACAUUUGCGAAUGUGUUUUUUU